AUGUUCAAAAUUUUAAUUCGGUUCAUUAUCUAUCUAUCUAUCUAUCUAUCUAUCUAUCUAUCUCAUCACUUUCAUUAUCUAUCUAUCUAUCUAUUUUGUCAUCAGCACGCAAGAAAGAUUGGACAGAAGCAAACGACAUUCGACCUCUUCUUCGACCGCCAUUACUCAGUAUUUCUUUCUUUUUCUUCUUUUUUAGUCAUUGUCAGAGUUAAGGUUUUUCUUGGUUCUCAUUUUUUCAUUUCUUUCUUUACCACUUUCUCCCUUUUCAUGUUACUGUAUUGCUUUAUCUUUCUUUACAUUUUUAUUUUUCCUUUCUUUCUUUCUUUCUUUCUUUCUUUCUUUCGUUCUUUCUUUUUUUUCUUUCGUUCUUUUUUUUUUUUCUUUCGUUCUUUCUUUUUCUUUAUUUAUUAUGAAAGAAUCUAUCUAUCUAUCUAUCUAUCUAUCUAUCUAUCUAUCUAUCUAUCUAUCUAUCUAUCUGCUUCCUCUGUCUGUCUGUCUGUCUGUCUGUCUGUCUAUCUAUCUAUCUAUCUAUCUAUCUAUCUGCUUCCUCAGUCUAUCUGUCUGUCUGUCUAUCUAUCUAUCUGCUUCCUCGGUCUAUCUAUCUAUCUAUCUAUCUAUCUAUCUAUCUAUCUAUCUAUCUAUCUGCUUCCUCAGUCUGUCUGUCUGUCUGUCUGUCUAUCUAUCUAUCUGCUUCCUCGGUCUAUCUAUCUAUCUAUCUAUCUAUCUAUCUAUCUAUCUAUCUAUCUGCUUCCUCAGUCUGUCUGUCUGUCUGUCUAUCUAUCUAUCUAUCUGCUUCCUCGAUCUAUCUAUCUAUCUAUCUAUCUAUCUAUCUAUCUAUCUAUCUAUCUAUCUAUCUAUCUAUCUAUCUAUCUAUCUGCUUCCUCAAUCUAUCUAUCUAUCUAUCUAUCUAUCUAUCUAUCUAUCUAUCUAUCUAUCUAUCUGGCUGAUGUUCGUCUCCAAACAUCUAGGUCAGAAAAUGAAUACAUUAUCUAUCUAUCUAUCUAUCUAUCUAUCUAUCUCAGUCUGUUCAAAUCUAUCUAUCUCAAUCUGUUCAAAUCUAUCUAUCUAUCUAUCUAUCUAUCUAUCUAUCUAUCUAUCUAUCUGUUCUCAAUUAGUUUCUAUCUAUCUACCUAUCUGUUGUGGGUUCCGUCAAUGGAAUCCUGCACAAAUAAAUAA